AUGGUUGCAGCCGGCCUGCUUGUUCUGUCCCUCGUAGCGUUUGCGCAGGGCGCGCCCACCCCGGACGUGAUGCGCGUGCACGAACGCCGUGCCGCGCCGCCCAACGGCUUCGUCAAGACCACCCCCGGCGCGGACGCGGAUAGCGCGGUCGUCAGCCUGCGCAUCGCGCUCAAGAGCGACCCCGCGCCCCUCCACAAGGCCCUGCUCGACGUCAGCACGCCCGGGAGCGCGAACUACAGGAAGUUCCUCACCAAGGCCGAGACCGAUGCUCUUGUCGCGCCGAGCGCGGACGGGCUCGCGGCGAUCGACGCGUGGCUGUCGUCCGCCAACGUCACUUCCACCCCUGCGGCCACGAACCAAUGGCUGAACAUUGACGUGCCCGUCGCGAGUGCCAACGCCCUUCUCGAUGCCGACUUCCAGACGUACACGAACGCAGAGACCGGGAAGACUGCCAUCCGCACCCUCGCGUACUCCCUUCCGAAGAGCGUUCAGCCGUUCGUCGACUUCGUCUUCCCCGCGACCUCCUUCCCAGUACAGUCGGCUAAGGGCGUCGCCGCAGUGCACCAUGCUCGUGCUCCCUUGAACCCGGCGCACCCCGUGCGCGCGGCCGUGGCAGCAAGCUGCGCGGACACGGUCACCCCGACGUGUCUCCAGGCUCUGUACAACAUCCCGACAGAUCCUGCGACCUCUGCCAAGAACACGCUCGCGGUCAGCAGCUUCGUGCAGUCGAACGCGAGCACGACAGAUCUGUCCGACUUCCUCACCAGCUUCCGCCCGGACCUAUCGAGCCAGCCCUCGUUCGAAGUCACGUCGGUCGAUAAUGGAGUCAACGAUGAGACGGACCCGAGUGUAGAAGGAAGCCUUGACAUCCAGUACACCGUCGGCAUCGCCACCAACGUGCCCACGACGUUCUUUGUCGUCGGCGAGAACAACGACGGCGAUGUUGGCGGCUUCCUCGACCUCGUCAACACAUUCCUUGCCGCGAAGACCCCUCCCACCACGUUCACGACGAGUUUCGGCUUCCCUGAGGAGCUUAUCUCCGCUGAUCUCGCGCAGAACCUCUGCAACGCCUACGCUCAGCUCGGUGCUCGCGGUGUCUCGGCCUUCUUCUCAUCAGGCGAUAGCGGCGUCGACGACGGCCAAGGCGGUACAUGCACAACGUUCCGCCCUACCUUCCCCGCGAGCUGCCCCUUCGUGACCGUCGUCGGCUCCACGACCGGUAUCUCGCCCGAGACUGCAGCCGACUUCUCCUCGGGCGGCUUCUCGAACGUCUUCGAUCAGCCCUCCUACCAGGCCGACGCCGUCGGGAACUACCUCUCUCUCCUCGGCAACACCAACGCCGGUCUCUUCAACACCACCGGGCGCGGCUACCCCGACGUCUCCGCGCAGGGUGUUAGCUACCAGGUCAACAUUGGCGGCACCGUGUCGCCCGUGAGCGGCACGAGCGCGAGCACCCCGCUCUUCGCGAGCAUCGUGUCCCUGCUCAACGACCGGCUCAUCGCCGGCGGAAAGUCGCCGCUCGGGUUCAUGAACCCCUUCCUUUACGCUGGCGGCCAGGUCGCGCUCAACGACGUUGUGUCGGGGAGCAACCCCGGCUGCGGCACGGACGGCUUCCCGGCGAAGUCCGGGUGGGAUCCUGUUACUGGGCUAGGCACUCCGGACUUCAAGAAGUUCUCCACCCUCCUUGGUAUCUGA